AUGGCUGCUGCAGCUCUUCAAUUCGCUGGACUGAUCCUUGCAGGCAUCGGCUCAGUUGGGACAUUUGCCAUCACUGGCAUGCCUCAGUGGCGAGUGACUGCUUUCAUUGAGAGCAACGUGGUGGUCUUCGAAACCACCUGGGAAGGACUCUGGAUGAAUUGCAUAAGGCAAGCGAACAUCAGGAUGCAAUGCAAGGUCUAUGACUCCCUUUUGGCAUUGUCCCCUGACCUCCAGGCUUCAAGAGGUUUGAUGUGUGCAGCUUCAGCUGUGGCGUGCCUUGCUUUUGCAGUUGCUGUUCUUGGCAUGAAGUGCACCCAGUGCACUGGAAAUGAUGACCGAAUAAAAGGCUAUAUUUUGCUGGCUGGUGGCCUCACUUUCAUUUUCUGUGGCAUUGUUGUACUCAUCCCAGUGUGCUUCGUUGCCCAUAACAUCAUCCGAGACUUCUACAAUCCAGUCAUCACAGUAGGUCAGAAGCGAGAGCUUGGAGAAGCUCUUUACAUAGGGUGGGUGUCUGCCUUUUGUCUCGUUGCUGGAGGGGCCAUUCUCUGUUGCUUCUGCCAACGCAAUGAAAAAACCAGAAGCUAUCGGUACUCUGUGCCUUCGCAACCUACAGCCUACCGCAGCCACCACAGCCAAAGAAGAGCUGAGAGUUCAUACUCUAAAAGUCAGUAUGUUUAGUAAUCUCUUCACUCACUACUCCGUUCAUAUCAGACUUGAAACUCAAAAAGUUUAGGAGAAACU